AUGUCUUCCCCAACAAUCGGCGAGCACGUCAGACUCCGACGAGCAAGAAACCAGACAACCCGUCAUCUCGACGCCGACGAUGAUCCGCCGCUGACCCACGCCGUCCUUCCAUUGUCCCAACCUAAUCGCUUCCGUAAAUCGGCAAUGUCUUCCUUUUCUCUCCUCCCAACUCCCUCCAACGAAACCACGAGGAAGAAACCGCUCGGAUUCCCUCAAACGGCCUCGUUUCGUGGAAUGGGUUGCACUGCCUCAGCAGCUGAGGAGGUUUCUCUUCCCUCCGUGAUUCGCUCCUCCGCGGAUUGGGAUGCGAGAAUCAGAAAGGAUAAGAAGAAGAAGAAGAAGAAAAGUAAGAAAAAGAAGAACAAGGGAAGCUACGACGACGAUGGUUCGAUUAGGUUCUUAAGCGGGUCUAGAGACGUUGAAAAUGGCGGUUGCGUCGCGAUUCCGGAUGUUUGGUGCGGUCCAGGGUUAGGAUUCUCGACUGACGCGGUGGUUGGUCCAUCGGUGGUCGAUCCUCCGAGAAGGAAUAUUCCGUCGUCGCGUCGCAAAAUUGAUGUGUAUAAGAACAAUUCUAAUCAGACAGAGGGUGGUUCUUCUGUGCUUCACAGAAGGUUUAUAAAUCAAGAAUCUGAUUCUCAAGCUUUCUUGAACUCUGGCUCGACAUUUAUGACAUCAUCACUCCCUGAACCAUCGUUGCUCUCAAGUAGAUACCAUGGCCAUCUUCGACGCCCUUACCCUGCUGAUCUUACCGAGAUGAUGAUGGUCCGGAAUGGUUUUGUAAUGGGAAGGAUAGCAAAUUCGCGCGAUCACUUCCACGACUUGAGGCUUGAUGUUGAUAAUAUGUCAUACGAGCAACUUGUAGAGCUUGGUGAUAGAAUUGGUUAUGUGAAUACUGGACUAAAAGAAUGCGAGAUACAUCGUUGUCUUCGGAAAAUCAAUCCCUCCGUAUCACAUACUCUUGCUGAUAGAAAAUGCAGCAUCUGUCAGGAUGAGUAUGAGAGAGACGGUCAGGUUGGGAAAUUGGAUUGUGGACACAGCUUCCAUGUCCAAUGCGUGAAACAGUGGCUAUCAAGGAAGAAUGCUUGUCCUGUCUGUAAGAAGACAGCAUACGCCAAGCCUUAA